AUGGUUGUGCUCCUUGUUAGGCUUUACACCAUCAUCUUUAAGAUUAAAUAUUACACUGAAGAUUACGAGGCUUACACAUCGCCAACCGACACAAUCUUAGCAAAAAUAACACGUAAAAUGCAACUCACUAGCAUCCUCUUCGCCACAUUGGCAACCCUCGGGUUCACUUCCGCGAACUCCAUCAUUUUCCUAUCCAGAGACAAGACUGACCGUUUCGUCUGCUUUUACGCAGCACCCGGCCACGCCAUACCAGUCACCCAGCUCGUCCCCGGCAAAGGCACAGUCGCCAUUCCCAUUCCCCAAGGUUGGGAAGGUGCAUGGCAAACCUCAUUUAGCGCUACCGACUGUGGACCAGUUGGCAUUCGUGGCGAGGUAAAAUUCAAUGGAUUCGAAGACAAGACUUUUUACGAUGUCUCUGCUAUCGAUGCACAGAAUGAUAAUUUGGGCGUAAAGUUCCUUUAUGCUCAGAGUGGUCAGGGGGUAAAGAGUGGUUGUGAGCACUUCCCUUGCAGUGGCUCUUAUAAUAAGUGGGAUGAUGUGCAGACUCAAGUCACAGAGGAGAAGGAUUUGAUUUGCGAGAUUGGUGGUUAG